AUGCAACAUAAUAUUAUUGUUCAACCCAUGUCAUCAGUCACUGCCUUCGUCGCAUCUGAAACAAUUGUUGAUGGUGAGGAACACAAAUCUCUUCCUUCAGACAUCCCCAUUAUGCAGAGUAAUAGAUCAUUAUCCAUAUGGCAUAAAAUCUACCAAAUUGUUGCAAUCAUCUCGAUAAUCUGUAUUCAUUGUACGCUUUUGAUCCUCGUCUAUAAAGUUUAUUCAGUUGGAAAAAGACCACUACUAAUCAAUAUUGCUUUUUGUUGGACUUUAUGGUCCAUUAUUGGUUGUUUUAUUUCUGCCAUUCUGCUUAAAUAUGUAGUCGGUUCUUGUGUGGCGGGUGAAAUAUAUCCGAUAGCAUCCUGGUUAUAUUUACAAAAAAUAUGGCUUCGUCAAUUAAUUGUAUCUAGUUUUCAUCAUGCUUGGUUAUUAUCGACUAGCUACGAUUAUCUUUAUCCUUAUAUUCUUCGUUGGUUAGGUACUCAUAUCGAAGAGAAUGUCAAACUCGCUGAGAUAGACACUUUUCUAUUAUGUCCAACAAAUCUGUUGAAACUUGAAACAGGUGUUACUACUUUUGGUGGAGUCUUAACAGUUCUUACUGAGUUGACACUCUCAGGUGAUCAUCGUAUAGAUCAAAUAAUGCUUAGAUCUCAUACAAACCUUGCCAAUGGAUGUUCAAUCUUGCCUGGUAGUUGCCUUGAAUCUGAAACAAUGAUUGGCAAUUUAACACGCAUAUCACGAGAGACAAAAAGCAAAUGCGGAGAAGUUUUUACGGGUGUUCCAGCUCGUACAAUGCCAUUUCAACUGCCUGUAAGGUCAAAAGUACAAGAUCAGAUCGAAAUCAUACCAUUUUGGCAUACAUGUUUGUCUCAUUAUGUCAGCAAAUGUCUUUUAUUAAGCAUUUAUUCGUUUGUUGGUCUCGUUGGUGGAUCAAUCAUUCAUACAAUACUUAUUUGUAGCCUCUAUAAAUGCCGUUCAUAUAUACGUUAUCAAAUUAUCGAACAAAUAAUAACAAGAAUAAGCCAAGAUCAUGCACAAUUUAUUUGUCCAUUUCUUGGUAAUACACAAUGGCUCAUUCGACUAUUUCGAGCAUACGGCGCUCAUAUUGGUGAGAACGUCAUAAUGGCUGACAUAUCCAGUAUUACUGAUUAUCCUUUGAUGACUAUAGGAGAUAAUGUCCGAGUUCAUGUGCGUACACAGAUACAGGGCCACAGUUUCGAACAGCGUAUUUUUAAACUAGCUCCUGUAUCAGUCGGUAAUUCAUGUGUACUGAUGAGUUACUCAAUUGUAAUGCCAGGUUGCAAACUAAUGGGUAACAAUCGUCUUUAUCCCAUGACAUUGAUAAUGAAAAAUGAUCAAUUACCACCGGAUACUCACUGGAAAGGGAUUCCUGCACAAUCUUAUACAGCAAAUGCAAGAUUAACACGGCCGACAAUAGUUCAUGACAAUCUAGCAAAAUAUCACAUCUAUACGAAUAUAAACGAAUUACAAUUUAUGAAUUAUGGCUAUGCAGAUAUGGAUGAAUAUGUUGAUGAUCAUACUGGCUAUUAUUCAAGAAAGCUUUAUGAACAGGUUCUUGCAAAUGUGACAUUAACAGAUAAGAAUGUCCUUGAAAUUAAUUGUGGUAGAGGUGCUGGUGCUGCAUGGUGUGUUCAUACUCAUGCACCUCACUCCUAUAUUGGAAUAGAUCGUUCUCAAGAUGUCAUUAAGUUAUGUCAACAACUUUAUUCGACAAUUCCUCGACUUUCUUUCGUAGUAACUGAUGCAACAAAACAUUUACCAUUUGAAAAUGAAUCAGUUGAUAUUAUUCUUUGUAUUGAAGCAACACAUUCUUUUGGCAAACCAGUAGCAAUCACACAGUUUACCAAUGAAGUCGUUCGUGUACUUCGUCCAAACGGAUAUCUUCUAUGGUGUGAUGUUUGUUACGUGAAUGGAUCAGGUACAUCAACUUAUAAUCUAAUAGCAAAUGAUGAAUUAAUUAUUGAAGAAAAAAUUAAUAUUACAAGGAAUGUUCUUCACGCACUUGACAUUCAAAAUAUAUCUCGUACUGAUUUCAUUCAACGGUAUAUUCAAUCUGAAGAACAAGAAUAUUUUCGUCUGUUUGCUGGAUUACCCGGUACUAAAAUUUAUGAAGACAUGAACCAAGGACGUUCUCAAUAUUGGCGAGUUGUAUUUCGAAAGAGGACAACAAUAGAUGUAUCUGUCAUUUGA